GUCAAUAAAGUUGCAGCAGUUUGUAGCUUGAGGCAGACAACAUGGCGGCCUCCACGCUGGGCUCGCUGCUGCGGACGAUCCGGCAGGUGGUUCCUUCAUCAGCGUCAGGCCAAGUUCGAGGUUACUACGUAGACUGGAGGAUGUUGCGUGAUGUGAAGAGGCGAAAAAUGGCCUAUGAAUAUGCAGAUGAGAGGCUACGAAUCAAUUCACUCAGGAAGAAUACCAUUUUGCCAAAAGAUCUUCAGGAAGUGGCUGAUGGAGAAAUUGCUGCCCUUCCCCGGGAUAGCUGUCCCGUUAGAAUCAGAAAUCGGUGUGUCAUGACGUCCCGUCCACGUGGUGUCAAGCGGCGCUGGAGGCUGAGUCGGAUCGUCUUCCGACACUUAGCUGACCAUGGGCAGCUUUCUGGGGUGCAGCGAGCAAUGUGGUAAACCAUCUCCAGACCCACUGAACUUGCAGGAAGCCACUUCCAGCAAGAGACUUUCUAAUAGACAAAACCUGGUCUUUGUGGGGGCCCAGCAGAAUUGUCUAGUCUACCUGAGGCUGUCUAUAGUUACUUUUAAAUUUUAGAUGAAGAUGUGGAUAUUUUUCAUUUUGUCAAUGAAUUAUCUUUUCUCUGGAUUUUAUGGAUUAAACAUACUGUUUCCAUACAUGGUGCAAAGAGUAGAAUAAUAAAGAAUAUCUUAUGUGAGAAUA